UAUUUACAAACAACAACAAGAUGAACUCUUAGUUUAAAGAAACAAACUGAGGCUUUCAGGUAAAUGAACAAGCUAAUGCAUGCCGCUAUGUUUGCACAGUUUUUAUUCCAUAUUGCGUGUUUUCGAGUCGGUGGUUCUGACGGCAAAUGCUGAGAUCCUCGGCUAGGUUACGACAGCUGAGUGUUUAAAAGAGGAGCACAUUCCACAGAAAUUCAUUUUGCUGCUUCAGUCGCCAGGUAUGUGAAAUGCUGAAAUGAGAGCGAAUACCUGCGAAUACCGCUACCACCGGCUUUGCAGCUAUCAUUGAAGUAGUAGAGACACAGAACAGUAGAGAGUGCUGCGCCAUCUGCCGUCGCAAGAGAGGUUUUCGCUACCAAUGUUUUGUGGCUGGGAGCAUCUCAGAUGCAUGGGCAUCACAUGGGCAUGCUCGGAGGCAAUGGAGAUGAUCGACUUUUGUCGAGAAGUUUACCAUGUGCUAGAGCCUAAGAGAGCAGAUUUUUUUUUUUUUUUUAUGGCCAAGGUAAAUGAACUUGCAAAUAUCAAACCAUAGCGAAACAUUAUCAAACGAAGAAGGUACCGGGGGUGUAGGGCAGAACCAGCAGAACGCGCAGACAACUGCCGGUUCGCAGCUUAUCGCCUAUCUUGCAGGGUUGGUGGCGGUGACUGUGGCGGUGAUCCCCGGUGAUCCUUAGGUUGCGACGUGCUACGGUGGCACCUACUAUACGAAGUAAAGAAGUUGUCCUGCAAUAUUUCAAGUUUCAUCUGUGGUCCUGUGGUUGCUGCGCUGAACACGAGCCAUGGCAGUGGAUGUGAAACCAGAACACUAUAUGCAACGUCUGCACGAAGCUUUGUCCAAGGACAAUAAUAUCACGGAGAGGAACAAGUCAAUCCUGAACAAGGUCUUAAAGAACCUCUGUGAAGAGAUGAAGGAGGACCGCUUGUUUGCUCUGAUAUUUAAAAGACUAUAUUACACUGGAAGCAGCUACGAAGGGCUGCGCAUCCGGCAGGCUGAUGAAUUUGACAUCAAUCUUGUUAUGAAACUGCCUGUUCAGGAAGAUGAUUUUAAGCUGGUUGCCGAAACACCUGGUCAUGUGAGCUACACUCUGACCACGAUUUGCGAAGAGCGCCUACGGGAGACCAUGAAGGGGCCAGAAAUUAACUCUUUGUAUCAGCUAUUCAGCGAAGAUCUCAAGUUUCAGCCCCUAUUGUGGCAGGUGUGGUUGCAGUCCGUCAUGGAUAAGGCCCUGGUAGCCUAUAAGCUACAGCACGGAAAUGACGACUCUGAACACUUUGAGCUGACAGUGCGGCAGAGUGGGCCUGCCAGGACGCUGCUUGUGCACCUUCGCGACGGGAGCCAAAUAGACAUAGACUUGGUGCCUGUAUUGGAGCACGACUUCAAUUGUCUUCCUACGAAUGUGCCUCGUCAAAAGUGGUUCAAGGGACUUCUCAAAGAGCAGAAUGACAAAAAGUGGUUCAUGGUUCCAAAGCCGCCCAAAGAUAAUCAGCACCUCUGGCGCAUUCACUUCCCAGAUGCUGAGAAGAAGUUGAUAAAGGACUUGGGAUGCAUCAAGCCAACAAUCAGAUUGCUAAAGGCUCUGAGGGACAAGCACAAAUGGCCGCUGUCUUCUUACUCUAUCAAGACUGUGGUGAUGCACCACAGACUGGAGAAUCGAGAGAGAGUGUACUGGCAGAAUGACCACCAGUGGACAGUGUUGCUUGAUGUACUUAAGAGGCUCCAUGCGAUGUUGCGUCCUUCUGGGCCAGGUAUUUGUUCUCUCUUUGACAACAACGUGAGUCUAAUUCAAGACAUGGCAGAUGAUACAAGAACAAACAUAGCCCAACGCCUCCUGAGAAUUUCGAACAGUCUGGCCAACAAUCCAGAGAAAGUUCUUGGGUUUUUCCUGGAGACAUCCGCUGUCACUAGUGAAAACUCUCCCACCAUGGAGAAAAAUCUGAGUCACUCAUUGUCGAGCCUCUCUUUGACAGCCAAUGAAGCCUCAACUUGUGAUAUCUCUUCAGACUCUUGGGCGGGCAGCAGGGACUCAUCUUUUGUCGAUGGCUUCAUUGAUAAAAGAACCUGCAGUAGCUCUCCUGUCCGCACAUCAGCCUGCAUGAAUGACGUAAGCAUUGUUAUCAUACUGAAAGUGGUUAGGAUGGACACGAACCAUCAGAAUGCAGACAACAAUGUUCAAGUCAAAUUGUCUGUUCUAGUUGAUGAGGAUCAUUUACUUGCUGAGAGCUGCUGCAGCACGCAGGGCUGUCCGGAGCAGGAAUUAAAAAUUUUUGAUAAAGGCUUGACAGCGCCGUCUUUGUUGGUCUUGAAGCAGCGCUUUGAGCUGACUGGCAAGGCAGCGCCGCCUACGCCAGUGCAAACGGAGCUCUCGGUAAUGAUUGCAGGAAGGCAACUCCUGAAGUUCUGCAUGUAUCUGCAAUUACAGCUCUGUGUUGAAGAGUGCCAAGUGCGUCUGCCAUUUCCUCGAAUGGAGCAAUGUGCCAAGUUAUAGAGCUUUGAAGUGUUCAUAAGGACUUGGUCAACAUAUUGAUUUUUAUGCACAUUUCCACUGUUUACACUUGUGUUUUGAGGAGGGGUGUAAGCAUUUGUUUGUUUGUGAUUGCUUGACUUCAGCAGAUAUUGUGGCAGUGUUGGAGAAGCUUUCAUUGAAAAUGUUUAUACUGCAUGACUCAUUUUAAGGUGCUGCUGAAGGGAUAUUGUCCCAUGAUGUUGCUAAAUGCAGUACUUUCUUGGAUAGAAAUUACUGCCCUAGCUGAAAACAAGUUAUGGUUGAAGUAAACAGCUAGAGCUGGCUAUCUGAAGCACUGCUUGCAUAGUCAAGCAGUGCAGUUUGUGCAGCAAACAAAUUGGGAAGAGUAAAGUCUGUUUUACAUGCCUUGAUAUUGUCUGCGAUUUUACCCCUUGGAUUUGCAGAUACGGCAGACGUACUGUUGGCCCCUUUGUGCUUGUGAUUUUUGAUGUUUGGAGGUGCUGAACUUUUCUGUGAAUUUGCACAUGCGACAUGGUUUGGGAACCAGUAACAGUGCUGAUCAUCAGACAUGUCACAGUGACCUGCCUGCUUUCUUUUUGUUUUGAUUGAGUAACGAGUUAAAACAUGGAAAGCUUUUCAUAAAGUCUCACUUUGUUUUCAAAGACGCAGUCUGAUUAAGUGUGUCCGAAGAACAAUUCAGCCUUAUUCCGCUAGGUGCUUGCAAAUGCAAAAUUCACAGUUACCGGAAUCGGUGCAUGUGAAAUGUCAAUGCGAAAUUGCAGGCACAUGGAACAGGCAUAACAAGCUGUUUCUCUUUGUAAUUGAAAUUGUGCAUCUAGGGAUUUAUACAUGUGUGGUGAUAUCUUUACCAUCUGAUGUACACUGGCACAUUUUUUGUCUCGUAUGUCUGCAAUCAGUCUGUUGUUUGUAAUGUAAAGAACUUCCACUUCCUAUGGCUACUUUCUGCACUCUAAAAAAAGUUACUACCCUUUGGGGAGUAUAUAGUCCCCAACCAGCAAUCAUCGUCUGUCUUGCUUGUGUUUUCUUUCUUGAAAACUUUUUUCUCACUAGUUCUUACUACUAUGAGCGCUGUUUGUGCCCAUCAUCAUCAUCUGUAAAUACAGUUAAACCUUAAUAUAGCAAAAUUUUCACUAUAAUAAAGUAUUUAACUUUUAAUAAUUUUUUUCUGUCACUAUAUUGAACCUCAAUAUAAUUAAGUGUGUUUAUAAGCGAUUUGAUUGCAACAAAAUUUCGCUGCCCCCAUGAAGCUAUACCAAGACAAUGAAUGGAAACUUCCAUGGACGCAGAUGUUGAAAUGCUUGAAUUACGUGCAGCUGCUUGUGAACGAAGCUCUCAAAUCGGGCCCUGCCAGAAAUUAUUUUCUCAAACUUGCUUUUUCCGAAAGCCCGAUGAUUCAGAAAAUUUUGCUGCCCGUUAUUUUGCUGCACUUAUUUGCAUAGAUCAAAUUUCAUUAUAAAGAAAUUUUUAUCUAACGACGCAAUUGCCAAUUUUACUGACUUCGUUAUAUCAAUGUUUAAUUGCACUACUCAUAAUCUUUUGUCUUGCUGGUUGAAUCGGUUCUGUCUCGUGCAGCUGCUCUAAAAUGGAAGCACCACGUUGGCCAAUGUCUAAGUAGGAGGAGGCUGGCUCAAUUCCAACACCCUCUUAUUUAUUUAUUCACUUAUUUAUUUUCAGUACUGUGAGCCUUUUCAGGCUGUUACAAGGUGGUCCAAUUCACAACACAAAGAGCAAACAUAUAAACAGCAUAAUAUAAGCAGCACAAUGCAAACUGAAAGCAAGUAUAUAAACAGCAUACAAUGAAAAAAAAAAAAAAAGCAGCAGCAUAGAAACAGUGUAGUACAACUCUAUGAAAAUUAAAAACAUUGAAAUUAAACAUUUAGUGAUUCCAGUCAUUUUUUCAAAACUCGUAAGCGAAUUUGUACCGUCAAUAUUUCUGAGUUUAGUUCCACUCUUCUGGUUGCCGUUUGCACUUGUCAACCACUGGUGACGGACAAUGACUCAUCCACCCCUGCUCAGCUAGCUGGGCCUAUUUGAACUGUGAACACCAGGCAAUGAGAACCUCAAGUAUUUGCCGGCCUUAGAUAUCGAAGACUGACUCGACAACUAUGGCAGUAAGUUCUUUCAACCAUUGGGAUGACAUGCAUACGCUACAGAAUGUCGCAUUGUACCUCAUUGAUGUUAGAACGUGGUUCCUCAACCAUUAAUGUGACUUCCCUGAUUGGUCAGCAUUCACUCAGCAACUGCACCAGAUAUUUGGCACAUCUGCUGGAUGCCCAGAAGUAGUGAAAUGGAAACUGGCGAUGCAUAUACAUGAAGUGAACGAAUCCUAGAUGACAUACAUUGAGGACAUCCCGGCUCUGUGUUGUCACACGCAAAGUGACAUGACAGAGGCUGAUCGUGUUUGCCACAUACUGAAAUGCAUAAACUCCAUCGCCUUCAAUGCUCUUGCCAUUCAAAACCCAAGCUGAGUUUAUGACAUUAUCACGACAAGCCAGCACCUUGACACAUCCUAUUCCAUUUGCCUUCCAUACACCUCUUGCAGCACAUGCCUCACCGGCAAUGCUGAGUUUCUAGCACUGAAAUGUAGUAUUAUCAGAGAAAUUCACGGGCACAUUUCCAGUCGCACAACUAUUGCGUCUGUUUGCCCUCCUCCUGACCUGCAUGAUAUCAUCAAAGACAAACUGGCCUCAAUGACAGGUGCAGAAUCUGCCAAGUCCCCUGUGCCUCUUCCUAUGGCUAUGUAUGCAGAUAUUUCUUCACGGCCUUGUGCACCAAUUCCACCUGUGCAUGGGGAUGUUUCUGCCAUCUGGCCUUGAUGACGGCGAAGGUCCCUGCACCACCGUAUUACUCUCCAUGGCGUUCUUCGUGCCCUUUUGCUUCUACUGUGGCAUUUGUGGCCACAUUUCAUGCUACCGCUGUUGGCAUCAGCAAGCUGGAAGACGUGGGUGUGCUACAUUUGAGAGAGAUUAAUCUUUGAUUUGAUGCCUACAUUCCUGGACGCUACACAUCCUUGCUAUGUUGCUCUCCCUCAUCUCUACUUUCAAGGCAUGCCUCAAGCUUCCCGCUCGCCUGUGUCGGUCUCCCUUCUGGCAUUAUUCAUUGCACCUACAUGCUCAAUUUCCUCAAUCAAUCACACUAAAAGACCUUUAAUUGCAGCUUUCUCUGAUUAGCAUCCAACUUUUGUCGCUUUGUCCGUGACUUCGCCAUCAUCGCAGCUCCUCUUCACAAUCUUCUGGCCUUGGGCGCGUCUUGUCUGGUCAGGUGGCUGUGAAACCACCUCCUGGAACGUCAAGCGAUGCUUCACUUCAGAACCAGUGCUCUGCCAUUUCGAUCCAACAGCCUGUACUAUCCUAAAGGCUGGUGCAAGUGGCCAUGGAAUCGGCGCUCUCCUGCUUCAGCGGAAUCUCGUGUCUAAAGAGCAAGUUGGGGGUUACAUAGUACAAAACUUUCGCCCUUAUCUCUACGGCCACCAUUUAACAAUUGUGACUGACCGUCAAGCUUUAUGUUGGCUGUCAUCUCUUCAAAAUUUCUUCGGACGCUUCGGCCGUUGGGUGUUGCCUUUGCAGGUGUAUGGCUACACAGUGAGGUAUAGAGGCAGACAACAUCAUGGUGCGAACACUUUGUUGUGCUGUCAGCUGUCACCAAAUGCUUCUCCUUUGAUCUGCUCUGCACCGUCCAGCCAAGCGACCAAGCAUAUGCCUGGUAGCCCAGUACAGUUUAUCACCUCAGUUGAUUUUCUUGCGUCUGUUGACCUUGUCUUUCUCCAAAAUACAGAUUCAUAAUGCCACAUGAUCAUCGUUCGGCUCACUGGCUUAGCCCGCCCUCUCAACAGCUGCUUAAGAUGACAACUUUCAAGUUUUAAACUUCAAGAUGGAGCAUUAUUUUGGCAAAUUUGCCAUUCUUCCAGUAACCAAUGGAUCCUGGUCGUCCCUCACUCACUUUGACAUCACAAUUCGGAAGCUUUCCUCGAUGAUGUGAUGGCUGGCCGCUUAGGAUUUCACAAAACCUAUGAUCAUAUCAUGACUCACUGUUUAUGGCCUACCUCUCCACUAAUGUCGCCAAUUACAUUGGCUUCUGUGCAUUAUACUAACACCGAAAACGUUCGACAUCCCUUGCCGCCGGCCCCUUGCAACCUGUGCCAUGCCCAUCUGCCCCCUUUGAAUUUGUGGGCGUAAACUUGCAUGGCCCCCUUCCACUCACACCCACCGGUCGCCUCUGGAUUGUUACCACCGUGGACCAUCUGACUCGCUACGCUGAGACUGCAGCUGUUCCCUCUGGUGCUGCCUCCGAAGUCACAGUUUUUUUUCUGCACGCUAUCAUUUUGCAUCAUGGUGCACCUCGUGCCCUCCUUAGUGACCGUGGCAAGACAUUCUUUUCUCAUGUUCUUGCUGAAGUCCUCCAGGCCUCUAACACCAUCCAUAAUAUCGCAUCAGCGUAUCAUCCAUAAACAAAUCGUCUCGCUGAGCGUUCUCAUUGAACUUUCUCCGACAUGAUCUCCAUGUAUGUUCAACUCGAUCACACAAACUGGGACACCAUUCCUCCUUUCGUCACAUUUGCUUAUAAUACUGCCGCCCAGUGCACAACUAAUUACAGUCCCUUUUUUCUCGUGUACGCAGUGCACCGUCUUUUGUCUUAAAUACUGCCUUCCUUUCAACACCUGCUGCUUCAUCUGCGUCCCUUCCAUAAAAGUUUGCUGCUUGUAUUUCCUGUGUCAACCCCACUACCAUUCAAGACAAAAGAAAAUUCAUUGUAUGCAACGCGUUGCGUGGCUUCGUUCAACCCAGGCGACAAUGUUCUCCUGCAGACACCUGCUUGCCCUCCAAGGCUCUGUGAAAAGUUCCUUGAUUAUCUUGGCUAAUGCACCGUUCUGCAAAGGAUGUCUGCUGUAUCCUGUCACUCCUGUUAGCUUGACCACUGACCACCAUUGCCGCAGCACAGAAAUCGUCCAUGUCUCUCACUUAAAGCCAUACAUUGCUGACUGCUUUCAUGAGGGGGAAAAGUUAGUGUGAGCGCUAGUUGUGCAUGUUCUCAUGUGCACACACUACUCAUCAUCUUUUGGCUCGCUGGGUGUGUCGGCUCUGUCUCUCGCGGCUGCUCUAGAUAAAAGCAUCACAUCAGCUGUCUACUAAUAUUUCCUAUCGGGAAUGCUAUGUCGCGCUGAUAACAUUAAUUCCAUUUGUAAACUGAAAGUACUGGGCAUGCAGCAUUAAUGUAAGGAUAGAUGACAAUUAUUGUUUGGGGACAAGAUAAACCACAAAGGGUGCAAACUUUUCUUAGUGUGUAAACCAUGUUAUUUUUUCUAUCUUUAUUGCCAUGGUGAUGACAAUUGGGAAAUGACCAUUCGUGAUGAUCAUUGACUUGUGCAUGGCACUUAUGCCUCUUGCAAUGUUCUAGUUGAAAGCUUGUGCAUAAAGUCUUCAAUAGAGAGUUUAGAUCAGGGGAUGCCAGCAGCACCCAAGCAUUGGGGGAUGAAAACUCCAUUGUGGGCCUUUCGUGCUCGAUUUGGGUUCUUUUGUAUGCCCAGCAUCCCCUAAUCUAAAACUGUAAUGUUUGCCAAAUUAUACAAUAUACUAUUGUUAUCUUAACCGUGUAACAGAAACAGCAGUUGUAAGCACUUCUCAGCCAAAUUCAUGGUGUAUAUUGGCACCACAUCCCAUAUACACGGUGGCGUCACUCUCUAUGCCACUACAAAUAAUUUUAUCUUUUAAUUUUCUUCGUUUUAAUGAAAUAAACCUUCUUUGGGAACUUCAA